AAUACGCCUCUGAUACAACCAUAGCAGAAGUUCUACUUUGCUUGAAUGAAAAACCUUGUGCAACUGUUAUCUUCUUUCGUAUAUGUGUUCAAGAACUUCAUAAAGAUUUACCAGUGACAAAACCAACCGACG